UUAUUUAUUUAUUAUUAUUAUUAUUAUUAUUAUUAUUAUUAUUAUUAUUUUCCAUAAAUUCAAACCAAGAAUUCAUCAAACACCAUUUACAAUAUAAAUGGUUCAAACUUGAUUGGUUUGUUUGCAUUAUUCAUCCCCACAAGAAAUACCAAAGCACAAAAAAUUGUAUCUAAAGUGUAUUAAGAUAUUCCCUCACCACCACCACCAUCAUCCUCAAAAACCCUAUAAUGGAGUCUCUGUGUGUACUUUGUUCAAUCCAAAAAUCCAUCAUGUUCCCAAAAGCUUUUAUUCAUAAUUAGUUUUCAUCUUUGAAUUUAGCUGUGUAAUCAUCAUCAUCAUGUUUCUGCUGAAUCUGAUUCUACUGGUUUUUGCAAUCAUUUUGGUAUGGUUGAUUAGCAGAUUCUUGUAUAGAACAGGCUUAAUCUAUUCCCUGAAGAAAGCAUGGCUGUUCAUGGCGGACAAGUUCUACGUCUACCAGUUUUAUAAAAUCCCCAAAUUCAACGAAAACAUGCAGGAAAAUUUACUCUACAGGAAGGUUCAUGCGUACCUGAAUUCGCUCCCCUGCGUCGAAGAUUCCGAUUUCGUAAACCUGUUUUCCAGCUCCAAAUCCGCAGAGAUUAGCCUCAUUUUCGACGAGAAUCAGACCGUCGUCGACAAAUUCCUCGGCGCUAGGGUUCUAUGGAGGUUCGAAAAUUCGGAAGCGAAAUACCUCGUUCUGGAGAUCAGAAAGAGCGACAAGCGACGGAUUCUGGUUCCUUAUCUGCAGCACAUUCAUCAAGUGUUCGAUGAAAUCGAGCAGAAGAGGAAGGAGGUGAGGCUGUUCGUCAACGGAGAGGUCGAAUCGGAAUCGCAGAGGAACAGACGGUGCUGGAGAUUGGCUCCGUUCACGCACCCAACCACCAUGGAGACAAUCGCCAUGGAUUCGGAUCUGAAAGCGAGAAUCAAAAGCGAUUUGGAGAAUUUCCUCAAGUCCAGACAGUAUUACCACCGAUUAGGCCGCGUCUGGAAGCGGAGCUACUUACUCUACGGCCCUACCGGUACCGGAAAGUCGACCUUCAUAGCUGCCAUGGCCAAAUUCCUCAACUACGACAUCUACGAAAUCAAUCUCCACAAAAUCGGUAACGAUUCGGAUCUCAAGCACCUCCUCCUCCAAACCACCGCCAAAUCCUUACUCGUAGUCGAGGAUCUCGACCUCUACCUCCAAACCACCACCGCCGCCGCCGUCAGCCUCUCCGGCAUCCUCAACUUCAUGGACGGAAUCUCCUCCUGCUGCGGCGAGGAACGCGUGACGGUCUUCACCAUGACCGCCAAGGAAAACAUCGAUCCGACCAUCCUCCGCCCCGGGCGCGUCGACGUCCACAUCAAUUUCCCCCUCUGCGAUUUCACCGCCUUCAAAACCCUAGCCGGCAGCCAUUUAGGGUUGAAAGGCCACAAGCUCUUCCCACAGGUGCAGGAGAUUUUCCAAACUGGAGCAACCUUGAGCCAAGCCGAGAUCUGCGAGAUUUUGAUAUCCAAUCGGAGCUCCCCCACCAGGGCGCUUAAAACCGUCAUUACCGCCCUGCAGACCGACCUGAGUAGCCGGGUCGGGCGGAUACCGAACCGGCCUACAUCGGGUCGGGUCGAGUCCGACCCGACGCCAUUGUUUAGCAGAGAAGGUCAAUGCGGCGGUAUUGGUAUACACCCCAUAAGGGAAAUCAAGAAUCUUUAUGGGUUUUUUAGGUCAAGCAGUAGAAAAGCAUCCAUGGAAAAAGUGGAUAUUGAUGAUUUUAGUGAGAGCUAA